AUGAAAUCCUUGUGGGGGCUACAAGAUACUUGUCGCAAUGCUGUUCUUUGCUCGGGUAUUAUAAUGGGAAAGAUACUGGAGUGUUGGCCGUAUACACCGCUGGUUGGGUUCGGAUUCGACCUGACGUACAACAAUCUCUUUUGCUUUCGAGAUUCCGCUUGGCUAAACGAUAAUGCCAUGCGUGCUUUUGCGGUUUGUCUCGCACGGUACAAGAACAAUUGUACAGUCGUCAUUCCGCCCCCCCAAAAAGCCAAAGAUGCCAAGAAUGGAGCCCAACCAAAGGCCACCAAAAGUCGUAUCUCUACAAGCACGCUCGACAAAGUUGGUGAAAGUGUUGCCUCGCACCAAUUCGUGCUUCUUCCUAUCAAUUUUGGUGGCACGCAUUGGGGAUGCCUCGUGGUUGACCGAGACACCAAGGUUGUCAAGAUGUACGACAGCAUGGGCGGUAAGAGAAACAAGAAACGGUUGGAGAAGAUGGCUGAAGAAAUCCGUACUGGGCCUCUACGUGACGAUUCCUACAAAGCUUUGGAAGUAACCGAGCCGGUGCAAACGGACAGUGACAGUUGCGGUGUGUUUGUGUGCCGGUUUUUCUGGACUUGCGUGAGCAGCGAAUCCCCCAGCGAUGUGUCCCCAGCUGGUAUUACGAAGCUGAGGUGGGAGAUGCUGCACGCAGUCAUGAAGUUGAGGCCGCGCUAG